AUGGCCAUGGCCGGGGCACACGCGGGGCUUUGCAGGGUCGUGUUCACCUCCCACCUACCCUGGUGGGGAUCCGGGGCUCCAUGGCCGCCGGGUCGCAUCCUGCCUCGUGCCUGGGAGCGGUGCCAAGCACCGAGUGGCGGAGGAGUCAGCAGGAGCGCGGGGCAGGGGCAGCCCGUCGGUGUGCGGGAGGAACGCGGGGCGGGAGGCCUGGACGUGCCCCUCGCAAGGAGAGGAAUGGAGACCCCGCUCCGUGAGCAGCCCGAGACUGGGAACCAGUGUCUGGAAGACGCUUCGCUGCGGAGCUACCUGCAGGCACACCUCCCUUCACAGGUACUGCAGGAGGUGGAGGGGGACCCGGAGAGAUUCGGGAACCUGAAGCCGCCGGUGCUCCGGCAGUAUGAUGCCUGGGGACGGUGUGUGGAUCACAUCACCACCUGCUCAGCCUGGAGGAGGAUGAAGCAGAUUGCAGCAGAAGAGGGGCUGGUUGCUGAGGCCUGUGAGAGAAGAUAUUCCAACUAUAGCCGCCUGCAUCAGGCUGCCAAACUCUACUUGUUCUCAAGCUCCUCUGGAGGAUUCAACUGUCCACUGGCCAUGACGGAUGGGGCAGCCAAAGUCAUUGAGUCUCUGGGUAUUCCUGGAUCUCUGAGAAAGGCUUUUGGCCAUCUGACAUCCCGCGACCAGCAGUUCUGGACCUCUGGCCAGUGGAUGACGGAGCGCAGGGGAGGCUCUGAUGUUGCUAAUCCAUACUCCACCUUGAUCACAAGAGGUGACUUACAAGAGCAGCCAGAUGGAACGUAUCGUCUCUACGGUUUCAAAUGGUUCACAUCUGCAGCUGAUUCUGAUGUGACACUUACCCUGGCCAGGGAAGUGGAUACUGAAGGCCAGGGUUCCGGUGGCCUGUCCCUGUUCUUCCUCAAGGCUCGAGAUGAGGAGGGGAAGCUCAACAACAUCCAAGUGCAGAGGCUGAAGGACAAGUCAGGCAUGUGGCAGAUGGCAACAGCAGAGCUGUGGCUGGAUGGAGCUAAAGCAGAGCUAAUCUCUGCAGAGGGCUGAGGAGUGGCCUCCAUCUCCAACAUGCUGAACAUAACUCGGAUCCACAACGUCAUCGGUGCAGUAGCUUCCACGAGAAGGAUGCUCAGUCUGAGCAGGGGGUGUGCCCGCAGGAGGGUUGCCCUUGGGAAGCUCCUCAAGGACCAUCCCCUACACAUACAGAGGCUAGCACGGAUGGAGGUGCAGACACGAGGGGCAUUCCUGCUCCUUAUGGACAUCGUUCGUCUGCUUGGACUCGCAGAAACCAACAUGGCAAGUGAGCAAGACCAGCUCCUCCUGAGAGUGCUGGUACCAGCUGCCAAACUGUACACUGGGAAGCAGGCUUCUGCUGUGGUUAUUGAGGCAGUGGAGAGUUUUGGAGGACGAGGUUACACGGAGGAUGCAGGCUUGCCCAUAGGCCGUGAUGCUCUGGUGCUGUCCACAUGGGAGGGAACAACGAGCAUCCUGUCCCUCGAUGUGCUGCGAUCCCUCAGCAAGAGCCAAGGGCAGGCGCUGGCCGCGUUCCUCUCCUCAGUGCAGAGAAAACUGGAUCUGGCUUUGAGCACCGGGGGCCUGGAGCCCGCUGUGGGGCAGACACGGGCUGCACUGGGGAGACGGGAGCAGUUCCUGCGAGCAGCUGGUCCCAAGGAGGCACUGCCCAUGGAGCUGGCAGCAAGAGACUUCUCCUACACCCUGGUGAGGAUGUACACAGGUGCUCUGCUUCCACAGGGGCACGCAGCUCGGCCUGAUGCUUCCUCCACAGACAUCCCCGCUGCUCGAAGGCGGUGCAGGCAGGAGCUGUGUCCCAUGGCCGUGGAGCUGGACAAUGGCAGCUAUGAGGUGGAGGCCGUGCUGGUGGACGCAGCGCUGGUGGACGGGGGCAGCCCUGCCUGCAGCAGCCGGCUCUGA